AUGGCGGCCGCCAACGCUGCGUCUGGUUAUCCUCCGCAGGGUGGACAAGGUGGCUACCCUGGCCAGCCACAGUAUCAAGCAUAUCCAGGUGCCCAAGGUGCCGGUGCUCCCGGGCCCAACGCCGGGCAGGCGCCAAAUCCUUAUGCGCAGCAGCAACAGCCUGCACCUCCUAUGCCUCCACGUCCUGGUUCGUAUGCGCCGCCACAGUCACCCUUUGCGCAACCAGCAGCUCCAAACUCCUACGGCACAUCUUCACCGUAUCCUCAAGGACAAUCGGGGUAUAGCAGACCCCCUCCGCCACCCCCAGGACAGCAGCCUCAAUCACAAUAUCCUCAGCCUCAGUCUCCGUAUCCUCAGUCCCCAUUUCCACAAUCGCCACAAACAAAUCAAGCACCUCCAGCGCAGUGGAAUCAGCCGCAGGUUCCACCGCCCUAUGGACAACAACCACCCCAGCAAAGUCAAUGGGGCCAACCACAGCAAUCCGCCUAUGGACAACCGCCACAGCAGUAUAGUCAACCAUACGGCCAGCAGCCCCCUUACCAGGCAAAUGGUGGUCCACCAGGACAACCUCCGCAAGGCCAGUAUGGCGCACCUCCACCACAAGGAGGUUACGGCGGCCCCCCUCCUCCUCAACAGGUUCAAGCUGGGCCAGCUGAAAUCGCAGGCUACAAACAGCUGUUACAAGCUUGCAUCCAAGAAAAGGGUCUUCAGAACUUUCCAAUUUGCCAAAACCUAGACCGAAUCGCCCAAGAAGCUCCUUCAAAGAUCAACCAAGUCAUCCAGCGCUGGCGCAUCCAGAAGGAGAUUGCAAACGACAUUGUCAAGCUGGCACUGUAUGAUAUUGUGCUGUACAUUGACGACAGUGGAUCUAUGCAGUUCGAGGAGGAAGGCAGCCGUAUCAAAGACUUGCGCCUUAUUCUGGAACGAGUCUCUUUUGCUGCUACCCUUUUUGAUAACGAUGGAAUCUCUGUCCGUUGUAUGAACACCGAUCUCUCUGGCGCUCGCAACCAACAGGGUCGACCUCUUCAAGAUGGCGUUGCGACUGAGGCUCAGAUCGAAGAGAUCAUGCGUGGUGUCCAAUUCAAGGGCCUCACACCUAUGGGCACAUCUAUGGAGCGGAAGGUCAUCAAUGAGAUAGUACUCCAGAAGGCACGCUCUGGACAGAUGCAGAAGCCAGUAUUGGUCGUCGCCAUCACUGAUGGGCAGCCGGCAGGUGAACAUGCAAACAAAAUCUUUGAAGUCAUCAAGGACACCUACAGGCAACUCCAGUCGACGCCCUAUGGCCGCGGCGCUGUCGCUUUUGAGUUCGCCCAAGUUGGAAACGAUACGACCGCUAGGGCAUUCCUCGGUAAACUGGAUGAGGACCCUGAAGUUGGCCCUAUGGUUGACUGUACAUCCAACUUUGAGAACGAACAGGAGGAGAUGAUGCGUGCCAACCCACCUGUCGAUCUCACACCCGAUCUUUGGAUCAUCAAGCUACUUCUUGGUGCCAUUGACCGGAGCUACGACUCCAAGGACGAGAAGACCAACCCAGCACCUGGCGGUUACGGUGCACCGCCCGGUCAAUACGGCGCACCUCCGCAAGGCUACGGUCAGCAGCCUCCGCAAGGAUAUGGUCAACAGCCGCCGCAAGGUUACGGUGCUCCUCCUGGUCAGCAGCCACCUCAAGGCUACGGCGCUCCUCCUGGUGCACCUCCACAAGGUUAUGGCCAGCAGCCACCUGCACCAGGUCAGUAUGGCCAGCAGCGACCGCCUCAAGGUGGUCCCGGUGGAUAUCCAGGCCAACAACAGUAUGGCCAACCGCCACCAGGUGGCAGGUACUAG